AGUCAGCCGUAGUAUUUGCUUUAACAGCGUCUUCCUCGCACCAGUUCGUUUCUCCGUUGGCAAAUAAUUGUUUAACGCGAAUUAUAGUGUGUAGAAGUGAUGUUUCAGUAGGUGUAUCUCCUACAAAGUAAACAGCAUUCUGUUAAAAGGAUUAGGAAGACCCACCCAGCAAGUAAAACCCAGUUUAUUGGGCGGCCCUUAUGGUUGUUGCAUUAGUACCGAUGGAUAUCAUAUCGUUUUUCCUGACUGAUCCCGAAAAAGUGUCUUAUCCUCAACUGGCAAUUGGACUUUUAUUCCAUAUUCCUACAGUAUUAAAAGCAAUAUUUUUUAAAUUUAUGAAGAAAAAAUAUGAAACGUUGAUGUGUUACCUCCAAUACAACACACUCAUUAGUGAAAAUGGAGAGGUUUUGGAAAUAUUUGAGAAAGAAAAAGAUGCCAGCCAAAAAUUCAAUAAAAUAUAUACACUAACAAUUUUAUUUAGUGUUUUCGGUUUCACAGUUCCACCAGUAGCAAUAGCUUUAUACAAUAUUUUUGGAAAUAGCAGUGGCAGACUGGUUACUAUAGAAUUGUCGUUUCCUGUUUCCCUACCUUACAAUAUGGACACAGCGAAAGGGUACGCGUUAGGUGCCGUUCAUAUGUUUUUUCAAGUUCAUCUUAUUGCAUUUGCGUUUAUCGGAAUGGAUGUUUUAAUAGCUGGAUUGAUGAGGACUACCAUUGCUCAUCUGAAAUGUCUUGCAAAGCAAUUUUCUGUCAUCAGAAAUGACGUAAGAAGCCAAACCAAUGGAAAAGCGAAGGAUGAGUUUAUAAAGGCUAUACAAUAUUUACAACGCAUAUACAAGGGGCAUCGUGAUGUUGAAAAUCUUCAGUACCUAAUGCUUUUUACACAAUAUAUAUGUUCAGUUGCAAUACUUGCUGUAGGUUUAUAUAGAAAUAGUAAAGACUUCAAGGUGGACGCCGUCUUAUUCAAAUCCUGCGGUUUUUUUAUAAUAGUCUUAUUCCAACCAUUUCUGUAUUGUUACUUUGGAGAUAUGGUUACUAGAGAGGCUGAAAAUGUAAAAACGGCUUUAUACGAAAGUGAUUGGAUUGGUAGUAGAAUAGGGUACCAACGUCUGGUAUUGCUUACUUUAACACGAUUGAACAGACCGUUGAUUUUCACUUGUGGAAAACUAAUAGACCUUAGCAACCCUGCGUUUGUUACAAUUGUUAACACGUCGUAUUCUGCAUUUAAUUUACUCAAGAAGUCAAAUGAAAGCUUUUAAGGACAUACGCGUUUAUUGGGAAUCACUUCUGCUUUAUUAUCAGAUUAAUACAGUUUAAUAAAUAUCAAUCUAUCCAAAGGACACAUUUACUAUAACAUUUUUAAUUGAAGAAACAAAACAACUUCGAACGUUUCGAGGAAUUUACUCGUGUUAAAUGUUGAAGAUGAUUGUAUAAGUUUGCAACAAUAUUCUCGAAUUGUAUGUAAUGCAAUGUAAAGAAUUAAUGUAGGUGAUAGGUAGUAUACAAUGCUUCUAUGUAUUUGCACAUUAAUUUAUAUUAUUGUCAGCACAUUCGCAAAUAAAUACUGAAGUAGUUGAUGCAUUAAAGAUAUGAUUAUUUCUUGUAGGGGUAUUCUACCCUGACGAACAAUUCUUUUCUUUGAUACGCUAUUUUACUUAUCUUUUAUGUAAACACCAAAAAAUAACAUCCGUUAGAUGAAUUUAAAGGUGUACCUAUGUUUGGAGCACGGCGUUGUACGGGUGCG